UCUUGUAUGGACACUCUGGAUUCUGCCAUCAACACAUUUGUGAUAGACCAAGACCGGCUCCAGCCACGAAUUUACACAAGUUCAAGCUGCACACUUACAGCAGUCCCACAUUCUGCGACCACUGUGGGUCACUGCUGUACGGUCUACUACACCAGGGACUCAAAUGCGAUUCCUGUGAUAUGAACGUUCACAGGAGAUGUGAGAAGAACGUGCCGUUGUUGUGUGGGGUAGACCACACAGAGCGAAGAGGCCGAAUCCACCUCAAGGCUGUAGUCAAGGGUACCAAA